GCUGCGCUGCGGUGUAAAUACGAGGAAACGGGGCGGUCUGGUCUAAGACAGAACAAGACAGUCCCGUGUUGAAUAUACGGGAAGCGGAGCGAGAACAAAGAUCCGUGCUCUAUACCCUCUUUGUACAUUGCCUGCCACUCUGACUGGGUCUUGGCUGACGCUGCGCCGAUGAGCCUCGGGAAGAUGGCGUGGUGUAGCGUGGUGUAUGUGAGUAUGAGUAUAUAAGAGCGGCGAUGAGCGCUGAUAUUGCCCUCUCGUCGAUUCUGAAUAUCGAACACCAGACUUUCAUAACCGGUCUUCUAAAGAACGAUAAUUCAACUAAUUCCUCUUUUCGAUGCAAAUCAGCAACCUAUUGAGCUUCCUCUCUCUUACUGCCAUGGCCUCGGCUGUGACAGUGGCCUACGACCAAGGCUAUGAUAUCGCAAGCCGAAGCAUGACAGCCGUCUCUUGCUCUGACGGCCCUAACGGCUUGAUAACGCGCUACGGCUGGAACACACAAGGCCAGAUCCCGAGGUUCCCCAACAUCGGUGCCGCUGCCGCCGUUGCGGGCUGGAACUCGGCCCAAUGCGGCACUUGCUGGAAGCUCACAUACAAGGGCCGCAGCGUCAACGUGCUUGCUAUCGACCACGCCGGCGCAGGCUUCAACAUUGCACUGGGCGCUAUGAACACCCUCACCAACGGCCAGGCUGUAGCACUGGGCCGGGUCGACGCCACUGCUACGCAGGUUGCUGUCAACCAAUGUGGCCUAUAGUGUGAAGAUGAGAGGGAGAUAAUUGUUGGGCGAUACGUUGGAUUGGAAUUAGCGUUUAGCAUCUGCGAUUUAAAAAGGAUACGAUAAUGACUACUAUGUAAUAAUCUGAGAGA